AGACCUUUGCCAGCCCCGUCACCAACUCCAGUUCUAGCAAAGUAGCGAAGUAUCUGACCCGAAAAUCCGACCGUUUCAUCGGGUACGAGCAGGGGGUUGCGCACGCUGGUAUCUGGUCAAGAUUGAUCCAUUCGCUUCCAAGCCAAGCGACCACCACUGCCAGUGAGAAAUCAAUACAGCACAACUCUAAUCCUGGGAUCGUGCAUUGCAACGAUUUCACAGCCGAGCAAAUAAUUGUUCAGCAGAAAUAGAGAUAAAAAAAAUUGCCAGCCGGGCUGUGAAUCCUGAGGAAGUGAGCAGGGCAGCAGGCAUUCUUCUUUCAGCUUUUUUUUUUU